AUGGGAGCAGCAGUCCCACAGGUAGCUUGUGCCAAUCCCAACAUGGGCUUUCAGUGCUGGAACGGAGACAAUGAGUCAGAUUCUGUAUUUGGUGUAAUACAGAAACAGGGCAUCUCCAGUGCUGCUGGUGUGGAACAUGUUCUCACAGAUUUUUUAAAGGCCAUGAGCAAACUUAAUGUUGACAAUAUGACUUUAUACCCGGAAUCUCAAGCAUCUGGACUGCCUGAGUACAUAAAGAUUGUAGAAGUUGGGCCAAGGGAUGGAUUGCAAAAUGAAAAGGUGAUAGUCCCAACUGAUAUCAAAAUUGAGUUAAUCAACCGGCUUUCCAAAACAGGCCUCCCUGCAAUAGAAGUGACCAGCUUUGUUUCAUCCAAGUGGGUGCCUCAGAUGGCAGACCACAAAGAAGUAAUGAGGGGCAUUGAGCGGCAUCCGGGAGUCCAAUAUCCUGUUCUCACUCCUAAUCUUCAAGGUUUUCAUUCUGCUAUUGCAGCAGGGGCUACAGAAGUCUCAGUAUUUGGUGCAGCAUCUGAAUCGUUUAGCAAAAUGAAUAUUAAUUGUUCAAUUGAAGAAAGCAUAGAAAAAUUUGAAGAAGUUGCUAAAUCUGCAAGGAAUAUGAAUAUUCCAGUGCGUGGGUAAAUAUAAAGAUUCUUAAGUA